CAAUAAAUAAUUAUUAUAAUCUUAGUUAAGAAUGAAAUCUUGUAAAAAGAAAUUGAUAAGAAGUAAAUAUAAAAUUAUAAAACUAUACUGAUCUAAUGAUCAUUUACAAGGCUUAUACAUUUUCUAUCCAAUAACUUCAUCACAAGAUGGACAAUAAUGUAUAAUGUCUCUACAUUCUGUUACAAAACAUGGAAUCCAGAAUAGUGGCCAAAAUAUUAAUAAUAUUAAGAAAGUAACAAUUAGAGCUCCCCAACCAUAUUGUUUUUCGAUCUUUGUGAUGACUGAUUUUUAACAUUUUUGACAAAAUACUUUUGUUGCUUAUUCUUAGUCGUUAGCAUUUAAUGG